CUCAAAUCUCUGGCUGGUAUCGAAGCAUGCAACGAUACCCUGCAAGAGCUGUGGUGCUCAUACAACCAGAUAGACAGGUUUAAAGGAAUUACGAGCAUGAAGAAACUUAAGGUAUCCAAUGUUUAUAUUAUUUGAUUAAAUAUUACCACUUGAAAAUAAAUUAUAUUUAAAAACAGUUCAAUGUCGUUUCUUUUAAGUAUCGUCAUUAAAAUAAUAAAAUAUUUGAAAAGAGUGUUUUACAUUUGUGAAAUCUAGAUCAAGGGUCUCAAAUUAUCCGGGGGCAGCAUGAGGUAGAGUUUGAGAGAGACUAGGCCGCAUAAAGCAUUCCAAAAAAACGCGAUUACAAAUUAAAUUAAGUACAACUGUUACAUUGUGCUAAACAUUUAUUAACAAAUAAAAAAAAACGUUUAAGGUUUCGCUUUUUUCCUAUUAACUUCUUGUUGCCAGAGACUUGACAGUGUUUCUUCUUACACACCUGAUCAACAUUUGGCUUGAGUGAGACGGCAACUGAGACCCUUCAGUAUAGCUUGAAGAUGCUCAUCAGCAAGUUUAGCCCUGAACUUGAUUUGUUCAUUUUCAAGGUGGAAAAGAGCUUUUCACACAUAUAAGCACUACAAAAUAGGCAUAUGAUCCACAUGAACAAAGUGGAAAUCUCAAGGACAUUCUCUCAUAAGUUGUCCAUGCUUGUCAGUUUUACCAUUCACGUCACUGAACUUAGCCUUGAGUUUGAAAGUGCACCUAAAAUCAAUCAGCUUUGCAAAAAGUCACACAAAGGGAGAGCUGGGGAAAUCUUCCACAUUGAAGUAGAAAUGGGCAGCAAUAAUUUGAAAAACUUUUAGUCAGAUUUCAAAACGGUUUUUACUAUUAAAACAAACGUCAUAAAAAUGGGCGAUGAGGUGCGUAGUGCAGAAGACAGAGACGAAUGGAGGAGGAUAGUUCACAUGUCAUCUGAGGCACCAAAACGGUCCAAGGACUAAGGGACAUGAUGAUGAUGAAUCAACGUCCAAAUGUAUAAAAACAUAAUAAAAAUCAAAAUUAUACUAGUCGGUGAGAUUGGAAUGAAACCGUCGGGGAACGUCGCAUUAUAGAUGAGAAUGGGGAAAAGCGCGGACCACAUUAACACAAACGUUGCAGUGGUAUCGGACCGCAACGAUAUCGUCUUGCGGGCCGUUUACAGCCCGCGUGUCACGUGUUUGAGACCCUUGACAUAGAUCAUGGUUUCACAAAUGUUUCUAUGUCCUUCAACCUUAAGCAUCGUCUAAGUAAGUCUCAUAUCCUCCAAAACAUUAAAAUGCACUUUAAAUUUGGGAUGUUGGGAGAAAAACGUUGGUGGACGGAGUCGAAAGGGGCAUGGACUUCUGUUAAUUUUUUAAUCAAAUAAAGAACAGUAUAAAGUAGCAUUAUCUUGGGACUUAAUUCAUUAAUGAAGAUUCUAUUAUUAUUGUUCCUAAUUCCAACUUUCAUGUGAUAACUUAAAUCUAUAACUUCACAAAGCACACAUUGAAAUGCUCUCUAACGCCUCGUCAAACAUCCCGGGGAAAAUUCCCUCCCCCCACACACCACCUGAUGGAAUCUCUCCUCACAUCUUAUGAGGAAAUAAACCCCAUAACAUCCCGCACCGUAUUUAGAAGCAGAAGGGGCCCUUGGCAGCGUAAUACGGUGAGGUAACCUAUCCCUCUAUAUAGUAAGUGAGGAGAGGGCCAACAUCAGGGUCGCCGAAUUCGUCACUAGAUCGGCUUUUGUAGUGAGUUAAACGAUAAAAUAACACGGGCAUCGCAUUCACAGGGGUUCAAAUAUUGACGAACUAUUCCACCUUGGGCGCCACUUUUCCUCGACACGACUCUGAAUAUAGCCUACAGUUUAAGUUAUGAAUAGCAGUAUGGAACAGGUUGGCCCAUGCCCUUGGCAUUGUUUCUUUUUUAGGUACUAUUAUCAGCGUGGAAGUGGGUGUAUCGUGUCAGCGUGUAGGGGAAGAGUUGAGGGGCACGUAUCAUUUUAUAAAAAAACGUGUAAAAUUUACUGCAAUGAAAACGUUUGCUUCAUGUAAGGGUUUCAUUAAAAAAAUGAUAUUCAAAAAUGAAAAUAAAAUAAUCACUAACCAGAUAUGCUCUAAUCAAAUGACAUGUCCAUGUCCACUCUACAGGUCCUGUUCAUGGCGCAUAACAAGGUAGGGGACCUGGCCGAAGUGGGCAAGCUGUCCGGUAUAGCGACUCUCGAGGACGUCCUGUUGGUAGGUCAUCGCUUGAUUGUGCUGGAGUUGGGGGGACGGUGGAUGGGUGCAGGCGGUUGGGGAAGAGGUCAGUGGCCGAGGUAUGACUUACAUCAUCUCUAGGGAAACCCGUAACCAGGUGUCAAAUAGAUCUGGGGAAAUGUUGAUAUACGGCUACACUAGAGGAUGACGUAUUAGUUGGUCAUCUUUUGAGCCACCUGUUUGAGAUAUUUGAUUUGGGAGUAGCAGAGAGGUCAGUGGACGUCAUAUUUGAUCUGUGAGUAGCAGAUAGGUCAGUGGAGAUCAUAUUUGAUCUGUGAUCGACACAGAGAUCCGGGGACGUCAUAUUGGAUCUGUGAGUGGCAGAUAGGUCAGUGGACAUCAUAUUUGAUCUGUGAUCGACAGAGAGAUCCGUGGACGUCAUAUUUGAUCUGUGAGUGGCAGAUAGGUCAGUGGACAUCAUAUUUGAUCUGUGAUCGACAGAGAGAUCAGUGGACAUUAUAUUUGACCUUUAAAUAGCAGGGAGGUUAGAGGACAGUAUAUUCGAUGUGUAAGUGGCAGAGAGGUUAGUGGACUUCAUAAGAUUUGGCAUUCUUCCAUAAUAAUAAGCUUGUUCAACGAAGAGGAAGUAACGUUAAUUGUGAAGGUCUAUGCCAUGUGUAACCAACAAAGGAAAGUUCAUUGUGAUGGGCUAAGUCCUGUGUAACCAACAAUGUCAACAUUGAUUAAAUAUCAUUGGAAAAAAAAUAUAAUAACAAAAAUUGAAGACAGGAACUUCCACAGUUAAUUAUUUGUUCAGCCCUUUGCUAAUCUAAGAACGCUGAUUAUGAUGCAUUAACCAACCAGGAAAAAGUAUACGGCCCACUAGAUUAAGAUAUCCUUAUUUCCGAUUGUUAAAUUGCAACACGGUUCUUCCCCUGUUUACAUUUCACUUUAAGACGCUGAAAUAAAUGCCAAAAUUAGAACUAAUAAUUUGAAGAGCGGCACAUUCAUUAUUUACAUAAGGGAAAUAUUUAUAGGUCUCAUUUCUUUAGUUAGAGAACUGGAUGCGACACUUUUAAUAUCAAUCUAUAAAUAACAAAUAAAAGUGUUAUUUCAUUGUAACAUAUUUUUAUUCUGUCAAUGCAGAUCGGCAACCCGAUUGAAGAAGAGAUGUCAGAGGCAGGCCGAUGGUUCAAUGAAUUCAGGAAAAAGUGUCCAAAGGUCAAGAAACUUGAUGGGGUCGUGUUGGCGGGUGAUGAUUAGAUUUAAUAGAGGGAAAAGAGAGGGUGGUGGUGACAAGGUACAUAAAUUAGGAAAUAGGUAAGGUGACCCUGAAAUUAUAAUAAGAUACGGAAACUGGUGUUGGGAUUUUAAUGUGAGCGUAGGUCAAUAUGUAGGAAAUUCAUGAAAUGUAAAACAUAUUCUUGGGUGACACGAGGCUUUUUAUAAUUACUUAUUAAUAAGUUAAAGAUUAAUAUUGCUUUUAAUUAAUUUUUUAAAUAGAGAAAAUGG